AUGGCUCCUUCCUGGCGCAUUGUGGCGGUCAGCGCCCUUGCUCUCUCCCUUCCUGGAGGGAACAUCUUUGUCUCUGCCCAGACAGGAUCGAGGCAACCGGCCGCCCCUGGUUACCGCGGCAUGAACACCAUCUGCCCUUCUGCCUGCUUUAAGACUGGCCCUGACCCCCUUGACUGGUCUGUCUACCCCAGUGUUGACCGGACAUCUGCGUGCAAGCAGGUUGUUCUCUACAGCUUCUCUUUGUAUGACAAAGUCGACGACAAGGACAGCAAUCAUCGCAUUUAUGCCUGCACUGCUUAUGGCCAUGACUGGGAAGACAACACUAAGGCCGAAGCGGCUGCUGCUCGCCCUGCUAAGAGUGUCAAUGUCACCUACGAAAUCGGAUGGACAACCAGUGAGCCCGGCACAGAGGCCGACUACAGCUUGUUGAUGGAGCAGAUGCGCGAGUACGUGGUCAAUGGCCACGCUCCUACAAACAGAACAUUCAUGCUGUAUUCGCGGUUCGGUCAGUCCGUUGCUGGUCUGUACAUCGGCCAGGGGCUGCGAGCUUCCGACGUUGCGAAUACUGCCAUCAAAACUUUGGACUCUAACACCGCCGAUUUUGAUGGGAAACGCGAUGUCCUGGCAAUCCAGCUCUGUGGACCUGGCUAUGACUCUGACCAUAUCCUGGGGUUCAUGGCUCUCAAACAUGGGACCAUGGGCGACAUCCAGCAGACAUUCAUGUCCUGGUCUGAUGCCAAGUGUCUUGACUUUGCCAACUCUACGAGCUUCACCACCACGGCGCCUUUUACGCUGCCCCAACUGUCCUCGAUCAAAGGCAACCAUACUGUCUCCCAAAGGAACGCCACUGUGACAACAGGGCACCACUCUAGGCAAUCCCUGGCCCACUUGGCACUUCACGCUCGGGCAUUUGAAUGCCGGACUGAGGUGGUGGGCGAUGGAGACAGCUGCGCCGCCCUGGCCGAGCGCUGCGGCAUCUCCGGCGCCGACUUCACGAAAUACAACCCGGACAAGGGACUCUGCUCUAGUCUCACGCCUGGUAAGCAUGUCUGUUGUUCGUCUGGCGACCUCCCCGACUUCCGCCCCAGGCCCAACGACGACGGCUCUUGCGCCACCACCGUAGUGAAUGACGGCCAGAGCUGCGCUACAGUCGUGGCGGCCAACAGUCUGACAAAUGACGACAUUGAAGAGUUUAACAAAGAUACCUGGGGCUGGAAUGGAUGCAAAAAUAUAUUGGCCGGUAGUGUGAUUUGUAUAAGCAAGGGCACACCACCCAUGCCCGCUCCCAUGGAGAAUGCCAUCUGCGGACCUCAAGUACCCGGCACUGAGGCACCUGAUGACAUGAGCAAACUCGCCGACUUGAACCCUUGCCCGCUCAACGCCUGCUGUGACGUCUGGGGUCAGUGCGGUAUUACCCCCGAGUUCUGUACCGACACGAACACCGGCGCUCCGGGCACGGCCAAGCCCAACACCAACGGCUGUAUUUCCAACUGCGGCACCGACAUCGUCAAGGGCUCCCCCCCAUCUGAAUUCCGCAGUAUCGCCUACUACGAGGGAUACCUCUUCACACGGGAGUGCCUGUAUCAGGAUGCCCUGCAAAUAGACACCUCUAAGUACACCCACCUGCACUUCGGAUUUGCAUCCAUCACGGAGAACUACGAAGUCUCUAUCGGUGACGAAUUGAUAUCCUACGAGUUCAACAACUUCAAGUACCUCACCGGCCCAAAGAAGGUUCUCUCCUUUGGCGGUUGGGAUUUCUCAACCAACCCAAGGACAUACAACAUCUUCAGACAGGGUACACAACCAGCGAACCGUCUCAAGCUAGCAACAAAUAUCGCCAAGUUCGUCAAGGAUCACGGUCUGGACGGCGUUGACAUUGAUUGGGAGUAUCCCGGUGCUCCGGAUAUCCCUGGCAUUCCCGCCGGCAGUGAAGAUGAGGGAGAUAACUACUUGAAGUUCCUGGUUGUUCUCAAGAACUUGUUGAAAGACAAAUCUGUCUCAAUCGCUGCUCCCGCGUCAUACUGGUAUCUUAGGGGUUUCCCUAUCAAUUCGAUCAGCAAAGUUGUUGACUACAUUGUUUUCAUGACCUAUGACCUUCAUGGGCAGUGGGAUGCCGCCAACCCCAACUCUCAGGACGGCUGCCCGAGUGGAAACUGUCUGCGCAGUCAGGUCAAUCUUACGGAGACCAUGACUUCUUUGGCCAUGAUUACCAAAGCCGGAGUUCCGUCUGACCGCGUGGUUGUGGGAGUUGCCAGCUACGGCCGCUCCUUCGCCAUGGCCGAGGUUGGUUGCUACGGCCCUGAGUGCCUGUACACGGGCUCACGCGCCAACUCCGACGCUACCAAAGGACCAUGCACGGGUACGGCUGGCUAUCUGGCUAACGCCGAGAUUAACAAGAUCCUCAGCGGUAGUCCUUCGGGGCUUAAUACCCGCGACACUGCUUCAAGCCGCGUUACCGCACACUACCUCGAUGAGGACAGCGACAGCAACAUCCUUGUCUACGAUGACAACCAAUGGGUCGCAUACAUGAGCCCAGAGGUCCGCGAGUCCCGAGUCAGCAGAUACAAGUCACUGAACAUGGGUGGCUCGGUAAACUGGGCAACGGACCUGGAAACCUGGCAUGACGCACCAGUGGGCAACUGGUCAGAUUACAAAGAGGCAAUCAUGGCGAAGCAGAAUCCCCUUGAAUCUAAUAAUCUUCAGGACGGUAACUGGUCCAGCUUGACCUGUGACAAUAAUUACUACCAGGGAACGCCUUAUUACACUCCUUCGGAGCGCUGGGCCGCGCUCGACGUCGACCAAGCCUGGGACGACAUGGUGAAGGCCUGGAAGUACUACCGGGACAAUGUGAACCAAACGUCAUUCACGGGAUACUUGGCGUACAUGAUGGACUGGGAGGGCUACGGUAAGUGCUGGGAAAUUGUGGAAGGCUGCGGUGGAAAUAUCGACUGCCAGGAUGGCCGUUCUCCCGCCGAAGUGCUCAUCUGGGAAUCCUUGAAUACUCUCAGUAAAACGUAUCAAAGGUACCAUGACGGUCUCGUGUCGGCCAUGGCCCUGGUAGUUGAUCCUUCGCUCAAAGACUUUACGAAGAAAUUUGCUCCGGUUCCACCAAAGGACGAUUUCUCAUGGCAGGACAUUCUGUUUGAUUUGAUCUCAGACGCGACUCCAAUGGUUGGAGGGAAAUUCUUCAAAUAUGUUCUACAGAAGCUGCCUGGUAUCGCUUCGCUGGGUGAUGAGGGCAAGUCGAAAGCGGAAGAAAUCACUCAGGGUAUUUUGGGCAAAGCUGUCGAGGUGGGCACGAGCCUUGUUAGUACUGAGGAUCCCGACGAUUGGUCGGAUGAUGAUCAAGACGCGUUUAUGACUUACCUAGGCCAAAGCGCUGGUCUCUGGGAUAGGGCCAACACCAUGGGCUUGGCUACGCUAUUCGACGGCUCAGACGACUCUAUCAAAACGCUCAAGUCUCUUGUAGCGGACGGCCACUUCAUCAACGGUGCCAGUGACCUUAGCGAUGGAGAUGGAUUUGACGGAAAGACAGGAAAUGAUACAGUUACCGACGCCUUCGCGAAGGCCUUGUACGGAUAUGCCAUUCCCGUACUGUGGCAGGCAUCCGGGCACCACCCUUUCAUUAUUGACACCCAGCGCAGCUGCACGUCAGACUCGGACGGUGAUGAUGAAAAGCUCGCAACGGCCUGCUACGGGGGCAAGCUCUACAAGCUGGCCGACCCUGACGGAGAGUCCAGAUCUUGCCGUGAGAAUGCACAGACUGGCGUCAAGUGUGGCCAACACGGCGACACCUACAACGAUUUUGCUACUCUUUCUGGAGUAGACGAGCUCAAGGAUGGCGCUUGGGGGGGUGUUACUCCACGAGAUAUUAUUGUCGGAACUUAUAUCGACAACGGGGAAGAAAACGGCAGCGAGAAAACAGUUGACCGCAGCAAGAAUUUUGACAGCCUCGUCGAAUUGGACAUUACAGUGCCCCAAUUCAUCAACCUCCCCGUCUGCACGGAGACCGUGGCUCGCCGGUCUUGGACCAACUCCGACGACACACCGUCCGUCAGAAACGUGGACUACUUCCCCUGCAACAUUGCCAACGGCAAGGACUACUGCGGGGAGUCUACUUUUGAGGACCAGGGAAGCGAAGCAUCGCCCCUGAUCGAGGACUGCAAGCAGAUCAUCAAGAACAUCCAAGGCACAGACGGCGAGUGGAAUACCUCGCCGCUCGAGAAGCAGCGCGCGCUUGUGUCCUACGGCUCGUGCAAGUUUGGCGUCACGGGCAAAGGCAUCCACGGCAAUGUUUUGUUCAUGACCGGUGCUCAGGAUAUCAUUGAUAUCAUCAACGAUGCCAUCGAGAAGUUCGGACGUGAUGAUGGUCGGGUUGGUGCUAAGGGAACCAUGCAGUGUGAUGGUAAUAUCAAGAAGCAGAAGGUUGACUGGGGGCUGUAUUGA